GUUUUGUAUUCCAAAAAGUAUUUCACACUGUUCAAUUAUUAAAAGUGUUAAAAUGUCUCGUCAAACGUUUAUAAAAAUUGUGUUAUUAAUUCAAAUAAUUGGGUUGACUGUAGCAAGUUAUGUACCGUACUCCGACAAACAGGAUAGAAUUAUAAACGGGAAUAAGGCCCAAGUGGGCGAUUUUCCACAUCAAGUCUCGUUAAGACGCGUUGAAGAUUCGAAACAUUUUUGUGGUGGUGCAAUUUUGUCCGAGUACUGGAUUAUCACAUCUGCACAAUGUACACAAGAUCUGCACUCAUUGCCCGAUAACAUUUUCGUUGUUGUGGGUACCGUAAAUAUGACACGAGGUGGCCUUGAAUAUGCUGUUGAAAAAAUUGUCAGUCAUCCUCAUUUCAACUGGGAGAAAAGAAGAAACGAUAUCGCAAUGCUGAAAACCAAUCAACCGAUGAAGAUUUCCGAUGGCAAAGUUUUUCCAAUCGCUCUUCCCAGCUUUAAAACCAAUUAUACUAUUGAAAACGGCAUUGGCUUGACGGAAGUUACUCUAUCAGGAUGGGGAAGUUGUAAUGUAGAGGGUUCGAAAAUUGAACCAUCAGAAAUUCUUCGGUUUCUAAAAACAUCGCAUCUACAACGUCGAAUGUGCCGUCGCCAUUUGGGACGUGUGAAUGGUUUGUUAUUGAAUGAAAAUCAUCUGUGUGCCAAUGUGAAAGAAGGACAGAGAAUAAAUGUUGGUGACAUCGGAAGCCCACUGGUUACAAAUGAUGGACAACUUGUUGGUAUUGCAUCUUGGCAACACUCUACGGGGUAUGAAAUCGGCUAUCCUGAUGUAUACACUCGCAUUUUUCCAUACAAAAGUUGGAUAUGGAACAAUUUAAUGGAUCCAAACGACAUUUUAAUAUAAGGAAUAAGAAUAACAAUUAGGUUAUACGAUAUUAUUUGCCACAAACUGUGCGAAAAAAAGUUGUCAAUAGUAUUUUUCAUACACAAAAAUUACAUUCCAUAUAAUUUAAUAUAAUUAAUUGCUCGCUCUAUUUCAUAUAAAGUAUUUAUUAAACACAACUAUUUGAUUUUA